GUCCUUGUCGACAUGCAAAAAGAAUGUAUAUGUGCAUUUGUACGUGUAUAUAUGUAUUAAAAUAAAAGGCUUAGAAUAGUCGAAGGAGAGAAAGCGAAAGAUGAUGAUGAGUCAUAGAGACAAUUCACCAGCUUAUAAGUAGUAAAUCCACCAAAAGGAAAAUAUAUUCAACAGAGAAACUCCGAUCAAGAAUAUUCAUAUCAGAGAAGAAAAAGAUCAUAAGAGAAUCAAAGAAUGGUGCUUUUACCAGCGUUUUUGGACGGAUUAGCGAGAACUGUAUCGACGAAGAAAGGUAAAAAACUAUCGGAAGAUGAAGAUGGAGGGAGAGAGAUCGCAAAAUCGAUGAUUAAAGAUUCGAAGAAGAACUCGACGUUGCUCGGUACUUCAGGCUUUGUUAGCUCCGAAAGUUCUAAGAGGUUUACCUCUAUUUGUUCUAAUAGAGGUGAGAAAGGAAUCAACCAAGAUCGUGCAAUUGUUUGGGAGGUACACUUUAUAUAAAUACUAGCUAUAUGUUAGGUAAUUCGUCUUUCCAUGAAACGUAUUAUGAUAUCUACAAAUUAUUGACGAACUUAUAUGUUAGAAAUGGAAUCAUCACAUGCAUGUAGUUACUAAUUAAUUGUGUUUAUAAGAUUUGUUGUGAAAUUUAAACUGUUUUUAUGUAUUUAUAUUACAUAAUAUAUAGGGAUUUGGGUGCCAAGAAGACAUAACAUUUUGUGGGAUGUUUGAUGGACAUGGACCAUGGGGACAUGUGAUAGCCAAAAGAGUAAAAAAAUCAUUUCCAUCUUCUCUGCUUUGCCAAUGGCAACAAACUCUUGCCUCCUUAUCAUCCUCGCCGGAAUGUUCCUCUCCGUUUGAUCUUUGGAAGCAAGCUUGCCUGAAAACAUUCUCCAUCAUCGAUCUUGAUCUCAAGAUCAGUCCUUCCAUUGAUUCUUACUGUAGCGGCUGCACCGCUCUCACCGCUGUUUUGCAGGGUGAUCAUCUCGUUAUAGCAAAUGCGGGUGACUCACGAGCAGUAAUAGCAACAACUUCUGAUGAUGGAAACGGUUUAGUCCCGGUUCAGCUCUCGGUAGACUUUAAACCAAACAUUCCCGAGGAAGCAGAACGGAUAAAACAAUCGGAUGGACGAUUGUUCUGCCUAGACGAUGAACCGGGAGUGUACCGGGUGGGUAUGCCUAAUGGAGGAUCACUCGGUUUAGCUGUUUCAAGAGCGUUUGGAGAUUACUGCCUUAAAGACUUCGGUUUAGUCUCUGAACCGGAAGUAACAUACCGAAAGAUAACCGACAAGGACCAGUUUCUAAUCUUGGCCACCGAUGGGAUGUGGGAUGUGAUGACGAAUAAUGAGGCAGUGGAGAUAGUAAGAGGAGUUAAAGAGAGAAGAAAGAGCGCAAAGAGAUUGGUAGAGAGAGCUGUGACGCUUUGGCGUAGGAAGAGAAGAAGCAUCGCCAUGGAUGAUAUUUCUGUUCUCUGUCUCUUCUUUCGUCCUUCUUAGUUUAACUCUUCUUUAACCUCUCUAUUACUUAUAUACAUUUAUCAAUGUAUUUUGGGCGUCAUUGAACAACAAAAAUGUGAUACAUAUACAUUUUUACAUAGAAUAAUAGAUGUUGUGAGGAGUGAUUGAGAAUGGAGAGAUAGGUGAGUAAAGAGUUUUAUAAUGGUUUUGUUUGUAAGUACGACAUGUAAUGGUUCAUAUAUUGAUCAAAGUUUGGACCUUGAUCUUGAUUAUGAUUUCUAUAGAAGACAAAUUUCUAAAA